AUGAUGAAGGCAGUGUUUGCUGUGUUGUCUGUCCUCCUUCUUGUGGCCUCGGCCAUGGCCAGCCCCGUGCCCGAGCCUGGCUAUCGUCGCCAUGGUGGCUAUGGUGGUGGAUAUGGUGGUGGUUAUGGUGGUGGAUAUGGAGGCUAUGGCGGUGGAUAUGGAGGCUAUGGCGGUGGAUAUGGUGGCUAUGGAGGUGGAUAUGGUGGCUACGGAGGUGGAUAUGGUGGCUACGGAGGUGGAUAUGGAUAUGGACGUUAA